GAAAAAAAGUGUUGAAGGAUUGUAAUUAGUUUUUUUCUCGUUUUUGGUUACCAAAAAAAAAAAAGUAAUUAAAUUACAUGAUAAAUCCAUCUUUAUUUCAUCAUUCAUUGAUUGAUUGGUUUUUGUGUAGUUACACAAUUACGAAACACACACACACACACACACAUGAUAACUAAUACAACCUGCCAAAUACAAGUGAUAUCAAUUACAAAUCUAGUGAAAAAAAAAAAACUUACGCCUUCAAGAAAAAAAAAAUCCAAAAGGAUUGUUGUCGCAUCAAUUAUUGUCGUCGUCGUCGUCGUGUUCGUCAUCGUUGUUUUAAUUUCUUCAUAGGUGGUUUGUUGGGGGCAUAUGUUGUAUAAUGCAAGCAAUCAAAUGUGUAGUCGUUGGUGAUGGUGCUGUAGGUAAAACAUGUUUACUCAUCAGUUAUACAACGAAUGCAUUUCCCGGUGAAUACAUUCCAACAGUGUUCGAUAAUUAUUCAGCAAACAUAUUGGUGGAUGGAAAACCAAUCAAUCUAGGCCUAUGGGAUACAGCUGGCCAAGAAGAUUAUGAUCGAUUACGGCCAUUAUCAUAUCCACAAACGGUAAACACACAUAACUUUUAUUUUGUUUUUUUCUCUUUGUUUAAUGUUGAAAAAAAAACAAAAAUUUUUCCAUUUGUUUUUAUUAAGGAUGUAUUUUUAAUUUGUUUUUCAUUGGUAAAUACGGCUUCAUUUGAAAAUGUACGUGCAAAAUGGUAUCCAGAAAUAAGUCAUCAUUGUCCUAAUACACCAAUAAUAUUGGUUGGUACGAAAUACGAUCUACGUGAAGAUCCAGUACAGAUUGAAAAACUUAAAGAACGUAAACAGGCACCAAUUUCUUAUGCACAAGGUUUAGCAUUAGCUAAAGAAAUUGGUGCCAUAAAAUAUCAAGAAUGUUCAGCAUUAACACAACGUGGAUUGAAAUCGGUGUUUGAUGAAGCAAUUCGUGCUGUACUUUGUCCACGGCCAAAACAAAAAUCCCGAAAAGCAUGUACAAUUCUAUAGAGAGAGAGAGAGAGAGUGCAAAAAAACCCUGCUAAUAUACAACAUUUGAUAUAUCGAUAAAAAAAACCAACCAACGGAAGAAAGAAUCUGAAUCAUUAUUCUCCUAAUAGAAACAAGAACACCUUGAAUAUAUUAUAUUAUUAUCAUUAUUUAUCAGCAUGUGAAAAUAACAAAAUAAAAUCUUCAUCCAUGCAGAGAGA